GGAAGGUAACGUCCUGUCUAUAUUGUGCUUAUCAGCUAUAAGAAUGGGGUUCUCCUCCGCAACCAAAUCCCCAUCUCUCCGCACACUUCACCCAAACCCCUCUUCCACGUGUAAUCUGUGACCGCAUAUCUGCCCUGGCUAUCGGUCCUUCAACAUGGGAAUUUCAGAGACUGAGGCGGGCGUCCCCACGUAUUGGGGCGCCUCUGGACGAGCCCUGCAAAUGCUCAUCACUAUCGUCGCGACCACUGAUUUCUUGCUCUUUGGUUACGAUCAGGGUGUUAUGAGCGGUAUCGUCAGCUCCCCUGCAUUCACCACUGCUUUCCCCGAAGUCGAUGGUGACAGUACUUACGAGGGCUUCGUUGUCGCCAUCUAUGCUGCUGGAUGUUUCCUUGGUGCCUGCUUUAUCUUGACCUUCGGUGAUUACCUCGGUCGUCGCAAGUCCAUUUUCCUUGGUGGUGCUGUCAUGAUCCUUGGAGUUAUCAUCCAGAUCGCUUCUGUUCCUGUCGGCAGUGGCGCAACUGCACAAUUUAUCAUUGGUCGUUGCAUCACUGGUAUCGGCAAUGGCAUCAACACCUCGACGAUUCCAACUUAUCAGGCAGAGUGCUGCAAGGCAAAGAGCCGUGGUAAACUCAUCUGUAUUGAGGGUGGUAACGUCGCCAUCGGUACGUUGAUCGCUUACUGGAUUGAUUAUGGCUGUCUCUACGGACCCGACGACUUCACCUGGCGAUUCCCCAUCGCUUUCCAGUGCCUCUUUGCGCUCAUCGUUCUCGGAAUGAUGACCUCCCUGCCGGAGUCGCCUCGUUGGUUGCUCACUAAGGAUCGUACGGAGGAGGCCACGACUGUGUUGGCUGGGCUGAACGGCUUACGUCGCGACGACCCCGAAGUUCAGCUUCAGUUGGGCGUCAUUGUUGAUGGUAUCCGUGCAUCUGGUCACCAUGGCGGUGUUACCCCAGUUUCUGCUCUUUUCACCAACGGCAAGAGCCAGCACCUUCGCCGUAUGCUUUUGGGAGUCUCCUCCCAAAUGAUGCAGCAGCUGUCCGGAUGCAAUGCGGUCAUCUACUACUUCCCCAUUCUCUUCCAGAAUUCCAUUGGUGUCGAUCACAACAUGGCUCUUCUCCUUGGUGGUGUCAACAUGAUUGUCUACUCCGCCUUCGCCACUACCUCAUGGUUUGCCGUUGAGCGUGUCGGCCGCCGUAAGCUUUUCCUUUGGGGAACCGUUGGACAGUGUCUUUCUAUGGUCAUCACCUUCGGUGCUCUCAUUCCAGGCGGUGAGCAGAACGCAAAGGGUGCCGCCGUUGGCUUGUUCACUUACAUCGCCUUCUUCGGUGCCACCUGGUUGCCAUUGCCCUGGCUCUACCCUGCCGAGAUCAACCCCCUCAAGACUCGCGCGAAGGCUAACGCUACAUCCACUAUCUCCAACUGGCUUUGGAACUUCUUCAUCGUCAUGGUUACUCCUGUCAUGUUGAGUGGUAUCGGCUGGGGAACUUACCUCUUCUUCGCCGUCAUGAACGCACUCUUCUUCCCGAUCAUCUACUUCCUUUACCCCGAGACAUCUGGCCGAAGCCUCGAGGAGAUUGAUCUUAUCUUCGCCAAGGGCUACUGCGAGAACAUGAGCUAUGUUCGCGCCGCUAAGGAGCUUCCUCAUAUGACCGAGGCCGAGAUCGAGGCUCGCGCUCGCGAGUAUGCUUCUGACUUCUCCGACGAGGAGUCUGGUCGCAACUCCAAGGAUUCUCGUGGCGAGAAGUCCGAGAACCUCACUCCCAAUGGAGGUCUUGCUGCCGCCGAGCAAUCAUAA